GCGGCUGAGGAGGCGCAGGCAGCAGCGGAGGCAGCGGCGGGCUCAGGUGCAGCCGCUGAGUGAAGACAUAGUCCAGAGAGGGAGGUGUAAAGCUACAGGAAGCUAAAGCUGUGUGUAUUUGUGGAUCAGACAAGUGCAGCAAGUUAAAUAUCAUUGGCUUCUGAAGGGGAGAGUGAGGUGAUGGCUGCGUUUAAGUUGGAUUUCCUUCCAGAAAUGAUGGUGGAUCAUUGCUCUUUGAAUUCCAGUCCCGUCUCAAAGAAAAUGAACGGCACCCUGGACCACCCAGACCAACCGGAUCUUGAUGCUAUCAAGAUGUUUGUGGGCCAGGUUCCGAGGACCUGGUCUGAGAAGGACUUGAGGGAACUCUUUGAACAGUAUGGUGCUGUCUAUGAAAUCAACGUUCUAAGAGAUAGGAGCCAAAACCCUCCUCAGAGCAAAGGGUGCUGUUUUGUUACGUUUUACACCCGCAAAGCUGCAUUAGAAGCACAGAAUGCUCUUCACAAUAUGAAGGUCCUCCCAGGGAUGCAUCAUCCUAUACAGAUGAAACCUGCCGACAGUGAGAAGAGCAAUGCAGUGGAAGACAGGAAGCUGUUUAUUGGUAUGAUUUCCAAGAAGUGCACUGAAAAUGACAUCCGAGUCAUGUUCUCUUCAUUUGGACAGAUUGAAGAAUGUCGGAUAUUGCGGGGACCUGAUGGACUGAGCCGAGGUUGUGCAUUUGUGACUUUUACAACAAGAGCCAUGGCACAGACAGCUAUCAAGGCAAUGCACCAAGCACAGACCAUGGAGGGUUGCUCAUCCCCCAUGGUGGUAAAAUUUGCUGAUACACAGAAGGACAAAGAACAGAAGAGAAUGGCCCAGCAGCUCCAGCAGCAGAUGCAGCAAAUUAGCGCAGCAUCUGUGUGGGGAAACCUUGCUGGUCUCAAUACUCUUGGACCCCAGUAUUUAGCACUUUAUUUGCAGCUCCUUCAGCAGACUGCCUCCUCUGGGAACCUCAACACCCUGAGCAGCCUCCACCCAAUGGGAGGGUUAAAUGCAAUGCAGUUACAGAAUUUGGCUGCCCUAGCUGCUGCUGCUAGCGCUGCUCAGAGCACACCUAGUGGUACCAACGCUCUCACUACAUCCAGCAGUCCCCUCAGCGUACUCACCAGUUCAGGGUCUUCACCAAGCUCCAGCAGUAGCAACUCUGUCAACCCCAUCGCCUCCCUUGGAGCCUUGCAGACAUUAGCUGGAGCAACGGCAGGCCUCAAUGUCAGCUCAUUGGCAGGGAUGGCUGCUUUAAAUGGUGGCCUGGGCAGCAGUGGCCUUUCCAAUGGCACUGGGAGCACCAUGGAGGCCCUCACGCAGGCCUACUCGGGGAUCCAGCAGUAUGCCGCUGCGGCGCUCCCCACUCUGUACAACCAGAAUCUGUUGACACAGCAGAGUAUUGGUGCUGCUGGAAGCCAGAAGGAAGGUCCAGAGGGAGCCAACCUGUUCAUCUACCACCUGCCCCAGGAAUUUGGAGAUCAGGACCUGCUGCAGAUGUUUAUGCCCUUUGGGAAUGUUGUGUCUGCCAAGGUUUUUAUAGACAAGCAGACAAACCUGAGCAAGUGUUUUGGUUUUGUAAGUUACGACAAUCCUGUUUCGGCUCAAGCUGCCAUCCAGUCCAUGAACGGCUUUCAGAUUGGCAUGAAGCGGCUUAAAGUGCAGCUCAAACGUUCGAAGAAUGACAGCAAGCCCUACUGAGCGUGCUCCCCUCUGAGACUGGAGUGAGGGUCUUCUGGCACAGCUUGCCCUGAAGACUCGGCUACUGCCUUCUGUGGGAGUUUCGCUUCGUACAGAGGACAAGUUUGUGCUUUGGUUUCCAGUGUUUUACUUUGGAGUUUAGGUGCCAUAUCCUGAGUUUUUUUUUUUUUUUUUUUUUCUCCUUUAUUUAAAGUUUGCUGUGUUUGUAACCAGUGUAUGUUGAGAAGGACCAACAUCAAACCACCCUGGGGGAGGAGAGGGAAUGGAGAAACAUUAAAGAAGAUCAGAACUUGUCCAAAACUACCCUGAGACAGGACUGAGUGAAACCAAACACUGACCCCCAGAAUCUCCCUGAGUUUGAGAGUGGAUGAAAUGAGAGCUGCUGUCCAAGAGCUGGGGAUGGGAGGGGGAGCUGGUGGGGUUGGCUUUGAGGAGAGAGAGGGACUUGAUGUCCACGGCCCUGCGAGGUGUCAGCGGGAACUCUUCUAUAGCUGCUUCUAUGGAAGCACUGAGGUUUUGUCCAGGAUUUCUGCCCCUCUUUCCCAAGAAGGGGCUAACAAUUCUCUGGAAAUAAAAACAUCCGUUAAAUUAGCCUGACAUAUGCAAAAAGCAGGGAGACAUCACCCAUCACCAGCUGUUCCAGCCAGCCAUUGGUGUAGGGUUGGCCCUGCCAGUCUGGUGGCUGUUAAAAAGAAGCAGCCGGUCAGAGGUCAGUUUUCGUUUAUUUCAACAGAUCAUUAGACCAUGGCCCCUUUCUUACAGAGUGUCUAGGGGACACACUGGUUUCCUUCUUUGUAGUUGACCACAGUAAGGAGUGUCAUUUCAUCCCAAGCUACUGUUGUAUCAUGAAGGCAGAACCGAGAAGGGCUUACAGAACCUGGCUGAGGGGGCACUUCUCCUGAGCAGAGUGACCAAAAGCCAUCUCAUUGGGGGAGAGGAGCCUGCUUCUUGGUGCAUCUGCAUCAGAAGGUCCCUUCAAGCUAGAGUACUCCAUUUGCCAGAGGCCAGCCAACACUUCGCACCUAAAAGGACUCAGAAAUCCAUGCUUGUCUCCUUGGUUGAGGUGUCCCAGAUGUAGUAUUUUCAUCAAGGCAGUCCCCUCUUCUGAGCACUCCAGCCCUGUCUUCUUCUCUUGGGGACAGAGGGGACAACAGGACGUUUACAGCCUCCAUAUGGAUUUAGUGUUUAUUUACCUCAGUAUUACCAUGUUCAUUUUUGUCCACGUGCUUACAGUUAGCUCCCUGCUGCCUCCCACAGGUCUUAUUCCAGCUCUUGCCUGUGAUCUCCCCAGCCUCUGGGCUCUGCCUCUGCUCCAAGAAAUGCUUGGGGGUGGAGAGCCAGGAAGGACAUGCUGUUGGGAAAUGCACUUGGGCCCAGGUAGUCCUGUUAGGAUAUGACUUUUAAUCCAGGCCAGUGACUGGGUCCCUGGGAUCUUAAAUUUCACAAACAUCAGUCCUGACCCCUAGCAGCAGAGAUGAGAUCAAAGGGGUUGGUUUGCUAAUAAGUUGGGUGGGGACUCUCUCCUUGUCAUGCUGUCCAUUUGGGUCACAGACAGGGAUUGACCAUCUUGCUGUUGUACAGAUAUUUGGUGGUGGGUUAUCCCACUGAAGCUGGGACAGCUGUUCCCUUCUCAUAGUGAUAACUUGGGUCUGUUGUCCUCUAAGAAACGUGAACACACUUCUUAAGCUGAACCACGUAAACUUGAAUUCUGCGCACUGGGUGAAAUGUGUCCUGUGUUUCAAGGAUAAAACUGUUCCAAAGGCUUCCAGGGUCAUGAUGGGAUUUUUUAAAUAAAUGCAAAAAAUAAAAAUAAAAAUAAAGAAAAAAGAAAAAAAAAUGCUAGGUUGGGGAGGCGCUGUUCUGAAUCCCAACCGGCUGGAAUUAAGAAUGUUGUUUCUAUUUUUAUAGAAGUUUUAUACAGCUCCGGGGUGGAGAAUAUUUAUUACCUAAAUUAUAUAUCUCUGGAAAAGGCCAGGAUUUUGUAGAAUCCAGAAUGUGAUUGUUAUACACACAGGGUGCUGUGUAUGAUUGAAACUACUGACUUUCUGUAGCCUGUUUGCAGCCCAGCUAAUCUGCCAGAGGGGGAAGGAAUUAAUGCUGUGAAUUGGCGGAGGAGAGAGCUGUGCUCUCCAGGGUGCUGUGGUGCUGUGAUCACUAACCUUCUGUUCUGUCUUCCUCCUUGGCCAUCGUGGGGUUUUCCAAAUCCCAGAAGUCCACUCCGUUCCCUCUUUUUCUCCCCUCCCUCUCCUCCCCCAUUUGACCAUUAUUGUCCGCAGAUUUGUCCUGGGCUCUUGAGACAGUCGGAAACCCCUUUCCAAAGGACAUGAAAGGCAAAGGUGUGAUCAGCCUGCCUUUGACACCUCACCCUGAGGUUUCCAACCUGCUUGUGGGUGUUCUUUUCUAAAAGGAGCGCUUGCCCUGCAGGGUCCUGGGCUGCCUCGGGGGCCAGCGGGUGAGACUGGGCACUUCUGUCCGUUCUCCUCUCCUGCCCAGUGAGUUAGCGCAGCAGCACUGCCCUCGAGCACAGCUUUCUCCCCAGGCCAAAGGUGGUGUGGGAGAAGCUGCUCCCCUACAAGUCUCCGGUGUGGAAGGGUUCAGCUCAGAGAGUGGAGACUCGCAGUCAGGUCUUAAGCAAUCCUUUGCUGUGUGUGGGGGUUUCACUUACAUAAAUGUGUUUUAUCAUGUAGUUUUGUUUCCUACUUGGGUUUCAAUCAUGAAAUUGAUUUGCCUUGAAUACAUCCAGACACUGUUCCCUGGGUCCCAUAUGAGUGACCAGGGCCUGCGUGGAAGCUAAGAGCUUGGAUUUCUUGGGAACAAAGGGCCAUCCCUAUAGGAUUGAGGAGAAAUCCUGGCCCCCUCCCCUAAAGAAUUCUCCCACCCCAGGCUUCUUUCUCCCUGGGUCUUUAACAAGGAGCUGGAGAGGCCGAGGCUCUGCUCCACCGGAGAUCUCAGACGUGUUUGGAUGCUUCGGGGGAAAUCCAAGCCUUAGUUUCCCUUCUGUCUCUGGCAAUUGGAUGUUUUCUUGGUGUCCUCCAUGUCCUUUUUGACUUUUCCCUGUGUCCAUUGUUAGCAUGUGCAAAAGUUCCCUGUCAUUGCCCCGCCCCUGCCCCGCCCGCCUCCUCAUUUCAGGGCUGUACACAGUGAGUGUUCCUGUUCUCUCUCUCUUUGUUUGGAUGUAUUGCUCUGUGUAACUCAGUGGGUCUCCCUCUUUCUGGUUUGUUU